AUGGCUCUACGGCAGCGGUUCGGAUCCAGUGCCCGCGUGGGCACAGGACUGUGGCAUGUCCUGCUGGCUGGCACGAUCCUCACUAGCCACAUUCAGCCCAAUGGUGCCCAACAGAGUGCCACAGUGCCCAUCCCUGCACCAGGAUCCACUUCAGACCUGCUCCCUCACUUCCUGCUAGAACCAGAGGAUGUUUACAUUGUCAAGAACAAACCAGUGACACUGGCCUGCAAGGCCACACCUGCCACCCAGAUCUACUUCAAAUGCAAUGGUGAAUGGGUGCACCAGGGAGAUCACAUUAUACAGCGGAGCAUGGACAAAAGCACUGGUCUGCCCCUCAUGGAGGUAAGGAUUGACAUCUCACGGCAGCAGGUGGAGAAGAUCUUUGGCCUGGAGGAGUACUGGUGCCAAUGUGUCGCCUGGAGCUCUUCUGGCACCACCAAGAGCCAGAAGGCCUAUGUGCGCAUUGCUUAUCUGCGGAAGAACUUUGAACAAGAGCCAGUGGCCAAAGAGGUUUCUAUCGAGCAGGGGAUUGUGCUUCCCUGCCGCCCUCCAGAGGGGAUCCCACCAGCUGAAGUUGAGUGGCUGCGCAAUGAAGAGCUUGUGGACCCAGCUUUGGACCCUAAUUUCUACAUCACCCUGGAGCAUAGCCUGGUGGUGAAGCAGGCCCGCCUAGCUGACACGGGCAACUACACCUGUGUGGCCAAGAAUAUUGUGGCCCGGCGUCGCAGUUCACCUGCUGCUGUCACUGUCUAUGUGAAUGGUGGCUGGUCGACGUGGACGGACUGGUCAGCCUGCAGUACCAGCUGUGGACGGGGCUGGCAGAAGCGGAGCCGGAGCUGCACCAACCCAACGCCACUCAACGGGGGGGCCUUCUGUGAGGGCCAGAAUGUCCAGAAAAGUUCUUGCGCCACCCUGUGCCCAGUGCCUGGUGGUUGGUCAGCCUGGAGCCUGUGGUCAGUGUGUGGAGCAGACUGUACUCAUUGGCGUAGUCGCGAGUGCUCUGAUCCAGCACCCCGGAAUGGUGGGGACGAGUGCCAAGGGCCUGAACUGGAGACCCGCAACUGCACUAGUGAGCUGUGUACUCAUGGAACUGGUGGCUCUGAAGAUGUUGCUUUAUAUGUGGGCCUGAUUGCUGUGGCUGUCUGCCUGGUGCUGCUGCUCCUGGUGGUAACACUUGUGUAUUGCCGCAAGAAAGAAGGCCUUGAUUCUGAUGUGGCUGACUCUUCUAUUCUCACUGCUGGCUUCCAGCCAGUCAGCAUCAAGCCCACCAAAGCAGAUAACUCCCACUUGCUCACUAUCCAGCCUGACUUGAGCACCACCACCAUGACCUACCAGGGCUCACUGUGCCCACGUCAGGACGGACCCAGCAAGUUCCAGCUUGGCAAUGGGCACCUGCUGAGCCCCCUGGGCAGUGGACGUCACACCUUACACCAUAGCUCACCCAGUGCUGAUCCAGUGGACUUUGUUUCACGAUUCUCUACCCAAAGUUUCUUCCGCUCCUUGCCCAGGGGUGGUGCCAACAUGGCAUAUGGAACCUUCAACUUCCUGGGUGGACGCCUAAUGAUACCCAACACAGGUGUCAGCUUACUCAUCCCACCUGAUGCCAUCCCUCGAGGGAAGAUCUAUGAAAUCUACCUGACACUACACAAGCAGGAAGAUGUGAGGUUGCCCCUGGCUGGCUGCCAGACCCUGCUGAGUCCCAUUGUCAGUUGUGGCCCUCCCGGGGUGCUGCUCACCAGACCUGUCAUUCUAGCCAUGGAUCAUUGUGUGGAGCCAAACCCUGAGACCUGGAGCCUGCGCCUCAAGAAACAGUCCUGUGAGGGCACAUGGGAGGAUGUGUUGCACCUAGGUGAGCCAGUGCCCUCAGAACUCUACCACUGCCAGCUGGAAGCUCAGGCUUGUUACAUCUUCACAGAGCAACUAGGCCGCUUUGCCUUAGUGGGGGAAUCCCUCAGCAUGGCUGCCUCAAAACGCCUCAAAUUGGUCCUCUUCGCGCCCACUACUUGCAGUGGGCUGGAGUAUGAUGUCCGUGUGUAUUGCCUCAGUGAUACCCGGGAUGCUCUCAAGGAAGUAGUACAAAUAGAGAAGCAGAUGGGGGGACAGCUGAUCGGUGCACCACGGAUCCUGCACUUCAAGGACAGUUACCAUAAUUUGCGCCUCUCCAUCCAUGAUGUGCCCAGCUCACUGUGGAAAAGCAAGCUCCUUGUCAGCUAUCAGGAGGUUCCCUUCUAUCACCUCUGGAGUGGGCUGCAGCCCUAUCUGCACUGCACCUUCACACUGGAGCGACUCAGCACUAGCACUUGCCAGCUGGCUUGCAAAAUCUGGAUCUGGCAGGUUGAGGGCGACGGGCAGAGCUUCAAUAUUGACUUCAACAUCGCUAAGGAUGCACGGUUCUCAGACUGGCUGCCCCCAGAUCAUGAGGCUGGCUCUCCUGCCCUGGUGGGCCCCAGUGCCUUCAAGAUCCCUUUCCUCAUUCGCCAGAAGAUCAUAAGUAGCCUGGAUGCACCAGGAGUCCGUGGAGCUGACUGGAGAGCAUUAGCCCAGAAGCUGCACCUCGACAGCCAUCUCAGCUUCUUUGCUUCGAAACCCAGCCCAACAGCCAUGAUCUUGAACUUAUGGGAGGCACGUCACUUUCCCAACGGGAACCUCAAUCAGCUGGCUGCUGCUGUGGCCGAGGUGGGCAAGCAAGAUAGCUCCCUCUUCAUGGUUUCAGAGGCCGAGUGCUAA